GCGAUACCGGAGAGAGAGAGAGAAGAAACACUGCAUCGUUGACAUAUUUGUUAUUAUUUGUAAUAUAAUUAUUAAAAUACAGCAAUGAGCCGAAAUUACAAAGAAGAUCAGAGCAAUGAGGUAGAAGCCCUCGAUUCCAUAUACUGUGGUGAAAUGGAAGUUCUCCAGUCAGAGCCUUUUCACAAAUUUCAAAUUCCCAUUGCCACGGAGGAGUACAAUGCCGAAGCAGACGAGGAAAGCGAGCAAGGAUUAGCUUGCAAGCUUGUGUUUACGUAUACGGAAACAUAUCCAGAUGAAGCACCGUUGGUAGAAAUUGAGGAUGCUGAAAACUUUGAGGAUAAUUUCGAAGGGCAACUGCUAGAACACUUGCGUCAGACAAUUGACGAAAAUAUUGGCAUGGAGAUGAUAUUCUCGCUAGUAAGCAGUGCACAGGAAUGGCUUAAUGUGCAAUGGGAUGAGCACAAGAAGAAUAAGGAGGAUGAACGGGCGCGUAAAGUGCAAGAGGUCGAGGAAGCGGAACGAAAGAAAUUCGAGGGAACGCGUGUAAGCGUCGAGACAUUUAUGAAAUGGAAGCUGGAUUUCGAGGAGAGCACGGGUAUUGCGGCGAAGCGGGAGAAAAAUAAUGAUUGCAAAAAGCUGACGGGUAGAGAAUUAUUCAUGUGUGAUAACACAUUGAACGAUUCAGACAUCAAGUUUCUUUUGGAGGCCGGAGAUAGCAUUGAGAAUGUUAAAAUUGAUGAAACAUUAUUCCAAAACAUUGGCGAACUGGAUUUGGACGAUGAUGACGACGAGGAUUGGGUGCCCGGUGCCGAUGACGACGAUGAUUAAACCUGUACUGCGAUAUUAAAAUAAUGCUUAUCUAAGGCAUACUCGUGUAUUGUAUACAAAAAAGCUCAACAUAAUCCUCAGUGGGCUCUACAAUAAAAUGCUAGCGUGUUAUCAAUCC